AUGGCCGUGAGACCAGGUUUAAGAUGGUUUGCAUCUCAACCUGUAUCGAGCUUGCUGCAAAUUAAUCAGAAUUUAAAAAAUAUACGAGUUCAGGGCUGGGCACGACGAGUAGAAAAACGCGGGAAUUUUUUAUUUAUUAAACUGAAUGACGGACAUUCAGUGAAAACAAUACAAGCUGUCAUAAGACGUGAUAUAUGUCAAAAGGUACCUAUUGGAAGUGCUGUAAAUAUUAUUGGUGACUGGGUAGAAAGUGUCGGCAAGCAACAGAAUAUGGAGUUAUUUGCAACGGAAUGUGAAAUUGUUGGGUUGCAGCGAAAAUCGUUCAAUAAUGUACCUUCCGAGCAUAGUUAUGCUGAUGCAACCCGAAAAAAAUAUCACUUGCGUUUGAAAUCUAUGCCAUUUGCAUGUCUUCUACGCCUGCGAUCUCAUUUAGAUCAACUUAGUCGUUCUUUUUUUCAGAAUCAAUCAUUUAUACAUGUUGAUACUCCUCUUUUAACUCAUAAUGAUUGUGAAGGUGCUGGUGAAACAUUUGCUAUUCAGGCAGAUCAAAAGAAAUAUUUCGGUGAUCAGGCAGUUUUUUUGCCCGUUUCAAGUCAGCUAUAUUUAGAAGCUUUCAUUGGAAGCUUACCUAAAGUUUACACUCUAGCUCCUGCAUUACGAGCCGAUCAUUCACAAACUCGUCAUCACUUGGCCGAAUUUCGAAUGUUAGAGGCAGAGUAUGCUUUUGCUGAUAGCUUGGAGCAGUUAUGUGAUUUUGUUGAGAGCUAUAUAAACUAUGUAGUAGAAGGAAUGCUUGGUCAUUCUACAGAAGAAUUAAAUUCAGUGCUGCAAAUAUUUAGCAAUGAGAGUGCCAAAGUAAAGUCACUGCUAUCUAGAAGUAGUUCAAGGACAUCUUUUCCUCGGCUUAAUUAUGAUGAAGCUAUAGCUAUACUUGAGUCUAAAGGAGAAAGGAUAUCUGCAGGACGGCUUAAUAAAGAAAAUGAACUAUCUCUGGUUCAGCAUUGUGGUGGUCCUUUAUUUGUUCUUCGCUAUCCUCACAUACAGAAACCAUUUUAUAUGAAGCGCUCUGGCAACUUUGCAGAAUGCUUUGAUUUGUUGGCACCACAUGUUGGUGAGUUAGCCGGGGGAUCUUUAAGGGAAUCAGACCCAGAAGAACUUCGUGAUCGAGGAUGUGACGAAUCACUGGAUUGGUAUUUAGACAUAAGGGAACAUGGACACCCUCCUAGUGCAGGAUUCGGUAUCGGCAUGGAACGUUUCAUGCAAUCAUUGUUUGGCAUUCUUAACAUUAAAGACACAGUUGCGUUUCCUCGAUGGUAUAAACAUUGUCCUUGCUAA